AUGUAUCUGUUUAUUUGCUUCUAUCUCCUAAUGAGUUUUUUUGAAGAAAUUCAUGGCUUUUGUCCUUCACAAUGCACUUGCGUUUACCAUGGCAGAAGUGAUGGCACUGGAACAAGAUCUGUACUUUGUAAUGACCCUGACAUGUACGAGAUCCCUGUGAAUGUUCCUGUGGAUACUGUAAAACUGCGUAUAGAGAAAACUGUCAUACGAAGGAUUCCCACUGAAGCCUUUUACUACCUGGUAGAUCUCAAAUACCUGUGGGUCACUUACAACUGUGUAGCCAACAUUGAUAUCAGCAGCUUCUACAACUUGAAACAGCUGCACGAGCUGAGGCUGGAUGGUAAUCUGCUUUCAACUUUCCCUUGGGAAUCCCUGGCCGAGAUGCCCAACUUACGGACUCUUGAUCUCCACAACAACAAGUUGACCAGCAUUCCCGCUGAUGCUGGCCGCUUCCUGAGAAACCUCACCUACCUGGACCUAUCCAGCAACAAGCUGACCACCUUGCCAUCAGACCUCAUGGACAUUUGGCCCCCCUUCUCAGGAGCUAUCGUGUCCAAGAGCACAGACAUUCUGGUGACACAGAGAGUAAUCUUGGGUUUUCAGGACAACCCAUGGUUCUGUGACUGUCGCAUUUCAAAGCUAAUUGAAUUUUCCAAAAUUGUGGACACCUCCGUUGUACUUCUUGAUCCAUUGGUUUCAUGUAGUGGACCUGAGAGCCUGGCAGGAAUCUUGUUCCAGAGAGCUGAGUUGGAGCAGUGUCUUAAACCAUCUGUGAUGACCUCAGCAACAAAAAUCACCUCCCCACUGGGCAGCAAUGUCCUGCUACGCUGUGACGCCACGGGCUACCCAACACCACAGCUCACUUGGAAUAGGUCAGACAAUGUUCCAGUGAACUACACAGUAAUUCAAGAAAGUCCUGGAGAGGGUGUCAGGUGGUCCAUAAUGAGCUUGACAGGAAUUUCUUACAAGGACGCAGGAGAAUACAGAUGUAAAGCCAAGAACUUGGCAGGAAUGUCAGAAGCUGCCGUGACUGUCACAGUGGUUGGUGUAGUUACUACAACUGUGUCACCACAGAAGUUUGGGAGGAAGCCAGAGGCUGAGAGGCAGAAUACAACUCAGGAGGAAUCCAAGCAGGAGCCUGAGAGGACAACCACACCUCUUCCCAUCACACCAACCACCACAGCUCUGGUGAGUACUGAAAGAUCAACCAGCAUGACAUUUACUGACAAAAAGCAAUCCAGGCUCAUGUUGGAUGGAAGGAAAGUUUCAAAGGCAGUGACAAAUGGAAACAGAAAGCAGAUUGGAGAUUCAAGCAAGAAAGGUGAGGAUACUUCAUUGAACACAGCAGGUGUGGCUGAGCAAAAUGUUACUGUGAAGAACCUAAGAGUGAUCAGUGAAUCUGAUGAAAGAGUGACCUUAACUUGGAAAACUGUCAAUGCCACAGGUAAUUCCGCUGUGACUGUGUUAUACUCCAAGUAUGGUGAGAAAGACAUGUUGCCUCUCAGCACUGAUUCUAACAAAAACAAAGUCACAAUCGAUGGUUUGCAACCUAGUACUCAAUAUAUGGCAUGUGUCUCACCCAAAGGCGUGCCGCCUACAAAAGAGCAGUGUGUUGUUUUCUCCACUGAUGGGUUAAAUGAUGAAAGCAGCUCUGAGUUUUCUAUCCUGAUAGUGGCCAGCAGUGCAGCAUGUGUGGUUGUUUUACCUUUGAUAUUUUUCUUACUCUACAAAGUUUUAAGACUUCAUUUGAAACCAAAGUCUGCAAAGGAAGCUGAACUUGCAAAAGAGACUUACGUGCAAUUUGAAACACUGUCUCUGAAGCCUCGAACGCUGAGUGCAGGAGACCAGCUUUGGGCACGAAGGUACACGGAUGAGUCAGAAAGACUUCUCCUUUGCUCUAGAUCAAGCAUGGAUUCUCAAAUGACCUUCAAAAGUGAGGGCUCCAGGUCUGAGUAUCUGUGCUGA